AGAGACAGCUUAGCUUCCGCUAUAAAAAAAUGACACUAGCAUAUACGGCGAAGAAACCAGCGAAGAGAAACACCAGCGCUUCAACUCUUCUACUCUGAAGAAUAUCUACCAUCGUCCGGCAAUGAGCAAUUCAGCCGCCGACCCCGGCAACGACAGUAAGCCAUCGUACUCCGGCGGUAACGACGUCCAUCGGGUUGUCAAUCGGGUUGUCAAGGUCAUGCUUUUACUUGGCGGAGCAGCAGUCUUAAUAGGCCUGCUUCUUUACAAUUCCGCCUACCCUUUCCGGUUUCUUCCCGGCUCUUAUAAUCGCGCCGCUGCAUCUCCGUCUCCGUGCCAGGCAAAAGUUGAUUUGGAUAGAGUUCUUAGAAAAGCAUCCAUGGUGGAUGGAACCGUCAUCUUGACAACUCUAAAUGACGCGUGGGCAGAACCCAAGUCUAUGUUUGAUCUCUUUCUCGAGAGUUUUCGUAUUGGGAAUGGAACGCAGAGGCUUUUGAAUAAUUUGGUCGUAAUUUGCUUGGACCAAAAGGCAUAUGCUCGUUGCUUAUAUUUACACCCUCAUUGCUAUUAUCUCGACAGCUCUAAAUUAGGAGACAAUUUCACAAGUGAGGCUUUGUUCAUGACUCCAACAUACUUACACAUGAUGUGGGCAAGAAUUCAUCUUUUGGCUUCUAUCCUUGAGAUGGGCUACAACUUUGUUUUCACGGAUGCUGAUGUGAUGUGGCUUCAAGACCCAUUUCAACGUUUUUAUUUAGAUGCUGAUUUCCAAAUUGCUUGUGAUCAAUUCUUUGGGAACUCUUAUGAUGUAAACAACCGCCCAAAUGGAGGAUUCAACUAUUUAAAGUCAAAUAAUCGGACGAUUAAAUUUUACAAGUUUUGGUACGAGUCCAGAGAAGCAUAUCCAGGCAAACAUGAUCAAGAUGUGCUUAAUGAGAUCAAGGGCGAUCCUUUCAUCAAGGAGAUUGGUCUCAAAAUGAGGUUCCUUGAUACUGCUUACUUUGGUGGCUUCUGUGAGCCCAGUAGAGAUUUUAACCUUGUUUGCACAAUGCAUGCAAACUGUUGCGUUGGUCUUGACAACAAAGUUUAUGACCUUAGAAUCUUGUUGGACAAUUGGACCAAAUUUAUGUCACUGCCCCAAAGUACGAAGGCAUCAACACCAUCCUCAUGGACAGUUCCCCAAAAAUGCAGGGGCUCACUUAGUAGGUUAACAAGGAAGCAUGGCAAGCGAUGAUAUAUGGCAAUAUUUACACAUUUUUAAGUGUUCCAUUCAUAUAAAUCCAGUGUAAUUGGUGCUGUAGAUGAGACAAAUGAUGCAAGUCUAGGUGGAUCUAGCUAUCACUGGAAAGAUUUACUUUUGUUUUGCAAUUGUUGUACAUAAAUGGUGCUUCAUUCUCUGGAAAUGUCAUUGUGCAAAUAGAGAAAUCGAGAAGAUAGUGACAUUGUAACCUAGGUUUAACUAUCCAUAUUGUUUUUA